AUGCCAGAACCACGACGAAUUGCACAAAUCGUCAAAAUCAAGCCCGAAGCUCUCCAGGCCUACAAGGAAUGUCACGCUGCUGUUUGGCCCGCCGUCUUGGAGCAAAUCAAAGACUGUAAUAUCUCCGACUAUUCGAUCUUCUUUGACGAUGCUUCCUCCACACUAUUUGCCAGCAUGAAGUGGAAUGGGCAAGACUACGAGGCCGACAUGGAGAGAAUGAGAUCGAAUGUAGAGGUUCAACGCUGGUGGAAAAUGACGGACGGCAUGCAGGAGACAUUGAUCAAAGGCAGCCAGGGGAGCACAGACUCGAAAGGAUGGUGGAAGGAUUUGGAGGAGGUAUUUCGAUGUGAGUGA